AUGGUGGCUGGAGUUGAACUUCAACAAAAGCUGCUGCACCGGCUGCGGAUGCUGCCAGGAGAGGUUGCGCAGGCCGAGACGCUCACACCAGAUGUUGACAAGAAGCCGAGCCCGUUGAAAUCCUCGUCAGUCGAGGAUCGCUUGGAGGAUAUGGCCUCCGAGGCGAGCAGGCUCCGACAGGAGAUCUUGAAUGCCACGGAGGAAAGAGACCGUGCGAGGAGAAGGAGACAGAAGAUAGAAAAUGAAUCGGUUAGCCAUCACACGAACACCGCUAAGCAAAUCGCACAAUAUCACUGUCAGUUGCAAGCUAUGAACAGUACCCUUACAGCUGACAAAGAGGAGGUCAAUGUUCUGCGACAGAAUCGUCGCAAUGACGAUCGCAAGAAGCAGAGCCACCAGGCACAAGCCCAGAAGUUGAAAGAAGAAGCUGACUUGUGCAAGGCGCACAAAGCAGAGCUCGUUAGCGAAGUGCAGACGGAGUCGGACAGGCUGGCUACUCUGCAGGCAGAGGUGAAGAACUACGAGCAGGCCUUAAAAGAAGUUCUGCAGCGGAAGGUCUUGGCGGAGGCGGAGGUCAGGGCAAAGAGGAUGUCGCAAGUGACGCAGGCGGAGGAGGAGGAGGACGAGACGACGAAGUUCGCAAUGAACAGUGGAAGCGAAGACGAGCAGGAGGAUGAGAACGAUGAGGAGGAAGAAGCUGUCUUGAACGAACUAGAGCUCUCCUACGAGGGCUUAGAGUUGUCCUCGAUCAUGCCUAUACCUGCAGCCGUGCGGCUGGCCACAGGCCACAUCUCACACAAAGAGACGAUGUCGAAAGUAGACAUCCCCGAAACUGGCUUCCUGGAGAGAGAAGGCAUCGAGUUUGGCCGAUGGACGCGGCCGUCGCCUAGUGGAAACAAAGAUUGGACGGAAGAUGAGCUGGAAGCUGAGUAUGGCGAGCAUCUCCGAAAUUUGGAGAAAGUUCUCCUGGAGCUUCGCCAGGAACAGGCGGAACAAGCCGAGGAACGACGCUGCCAGUCGCGGCUUGGUGCCCUCAAGCAGAAGAAGAGGGAGGAGGCCGCUGCGGCUGCAGCUGUUGCGGGAAAUCGUUUUCCGUGGAACAUUGGGAAGUGGAUGAGGAGGGAGAAGACCGAGGCCCCGACGCCAAAGGUGUCUGUGGUGUCCGGGUUCAGUAACUUUUCGCCGUAUGCGGCGGUGUGUCGUAAGUACACGGCGCUCUCAGUCUAA